UCCGCUGGCUGGGGAUGGGGUGGAGCUUCCUGCUCGCUUCUGUCGCGGUGCGCGCACGGCCGCUGCCAGCUUUCACCUCCCUGUGCGGGGGGUCCUGCUCUGCCCGGCCGCGGAGGCGCCUGAUUGGCCAAGCCCGGGACGCUGUCGCCUAGCGGGGCUCCGCCCAGACGCUGGACAUGGCUGGCUGGCUGACUGACUGCUAAGAGACAGCGUGGGCCAGACAUGACCUCCGCUCUCAAGGCCCUGCCCAACAUCCAUAGAGCCUGCAUGAUCCCAGCCUAUCGGGGCCAAGUAUCUCACCCGCGCAGUAUGUCUCUCUGGGAGCACGGGCUGCACCUCUUCCGCAGCGCCGUGGGUGUCGUCCUGCCGGCCCCCAUGCUGAGAAGGGCCCUGGUGCUCAAAACAGAUGGCUGCCCCAGGCUGGUCGUGAGGGACCGGGUUUUCCCUGUGAGGAGGAACCUGUAUCUGGUGGGCUUCGGGAAGGCUGUGCUGGGAAUGGCAGCCGAGGCAGAGGAGAUCCUCGGGGACCACCUAAUUCAGGGGGUUGUCAGCGUCCCCCAUGGCAUCCGGGCAUGCCUGCAGCAGGCGGGAAUGGAGGAGAUGUUGCUGAAGCCUCACAGCAGGAUCCAGGUCAUAGAAGGAGCUAAGCACAACCUCCCUGACAGAGAGGCUCUGAGGGCAGCCAGCAUGAUUCGGGAGCUAGCUGAAGGCCUGACAGCUGACGACCUCCUCCUUGUGCUGAUCUCAGGAGGUGGAUCAGCCCUACUGCCUGCUCCUACUCCUCCGAUCCUCUUGGAGGAGAAAGAGAAGGUCACCAAGCUUCUGGCUUCCAGAGGCGCUACCAUACAGGAGCUCAACACCAUCCGGAAGGCCCUUUCCUUGUUGAAAGGUGGAGGGUUGGCCCGGGCUGCAUAUCCUGCACAGGUGCUAAGCCUCAUCCUCUCUGAUGUCAUUGGCAACCCAGUGGACAUUAUUGCGAGUGGCCCCACUGUCUACAGUUCCCCCAGUGCUCAAGGCUGCCUUCAGAUAAUGACAAAAUACAAUCUGAUGAGCACCUUGCCCAGAUCUGUGAAAACAGUGCUGUCCAGCUCCGUCUCAGAUCCCAGUGGUCCGAAAGACUAUUCCCACGUCUACAAUGUUGUCAUUGGUUCAAACAGUUUAGCUUUAGAGGAGGCCAAACGCCAAGCAGAGGAUUUGGGCUACUGGACCCUGAUUUUGAGUGCAGGGGUGUGUGGGGAGGUCAGCAGAGUAGCCAAACUCUACAGCCAGAUGAUUCAGUUUGUUUGCUUGAGCACAGCUGGACUUGGAGAAGGUCCUCUAAGAGACCAGGUGAGAGGACAUCUUCUAAAGCUGGCAGCAGAGCUAGAGAUCCCAGGUUUGAACCUUGUGGAUUCUUUGAAGGCUUUGCAAGGAUUGGAGUCUGAAAGAUCGAUUUGCCUGCUGGCUGGUGGAGAGACCACUGUCCAGCUUCAAGGAAAUGGGAAGGGUGGGAGGAACCAGGAGUUGGCCUUACAGGUGGCAUUGGAGUUACACCGAGCUAAGGCCACUGGGGCUGGCUACUACCUUGGGAAAUGUGAAGUCCUGUUCCUCAGUGGUGGGACUGAUGGACAAGAUGGGCCAACAGAGGCAGCUGGUGCCUUCUCUAGCCAGGAGCUGGUGGAUAAGGCUGCUCAGGAAGGUCUUGAUGUGGAGACAUUUCUGAGCAACAAUGACUCCUACACAUUCUUCAGUAAGUUCCAAAAUGGACAUCACCUUUUGCUGACUGGUUUAACAGGCACCAAUGUCAUGGACAUCCAGGCUAUUUUAAUUAGGGCUAGAGACAGAUAAGGAGAGCACCUCUGCGAACUCCUGUUUUUAAUUAGAGGCAUUGGUGAAAAAUGAGGGUACCAAUGUUCUGGAGAAAUCCAGACUGCUUAAAUUAGGGACAGCUGCCGAGGGCACUAAUAUCAUGGCUGUAAAAGCUACAUUAGUAAGGCACAUGGGUGGGUAACCAUGCCUAUGUUCAAUCUGUUAAUUAGGAUCAGAGUAAGGUAAGAUAACACCAGCAUUAUGGGCAUUGGGGCUGCAUUAACACCUUCCUGCUGAAGAGCCAGUAACAUACUGCAUUUUGGUUGCAAGUGGGGUUGUUGGACAUCUGACACCCAGCCUGAAGCUCUAGGUUGCCGUUGUGACUCUCAUUACAUACAAAGCUAACAAGGUAUAUUAGACUAGUCCAUAGGGCCCUAAAUCCAGUGCACUGCAAGUUCAGUGGAGAUUAGCACAUGGCGUCAGUUUAACCUUUGGUCUUGGAUACAUGGCGAAAACACCCCCAGCUGUGGCAUUAACACCAUGUUAGGUGAAGAACGGUGUGAACCAUGAUUCAGAUGCACUAGUGCAGAAACCAUCUGAACGUGAGACCUUCUCCCCCACUAUGUAACCUUCUCUGCCCUGGUGUGGUGACAUUUCCACCCCAUGGUUGGUAUUUCGUGUGUGUGUGUGUGUGUGUGUGUGUGUGUGUGUGUGUGUGUGUGUGUGUGUGUGUGUGUGUGUGUGUGUGU